AGGAGUCUGGCUCCCCCGCGGGUCGGUCGCUGGGAGCCGGGGCUCCAGCUCCAUGUGAGAGCGAGGGAGCGAGCCGGAAACAGGGACCGCUGGGGAGCAGAAACCCCCUGGUAGAAGGAGAACUCCGCGCUGGAAGAAGGGAGCGAGAAAUUCCCCGAGGGAGGAGUGCCGGGCAAGAGAUCUCUGUAUAACCUCCGGGCGAGCGAGUGAGAGGUGCCGAGGGCAGAACUGGGCGCCGGAAAGGGGGAGCAAGAAAAGCCCCCGGGGAAAAGUCUCAGCUGGAAGGCGAAUAUUCCCGGGCUGGCGAGCCCCGUGUAAACCGGAGCAAGGGAAGGAAGCAGGCGACGAGAAGGAGGAAGCCGAGCGAGAUCAAACCGGUCUCGGGUUUCCAGGCUGCGCUCUCUCCCCUCCUCCGCCGGGUAUAGGACGGAAAAGGGAAACGAGUAAACAAGGAGGGACAAGCGCUGAGAUUUCGUGAGCAAGGGGCCGGAGCGGCCGGUUCCAGAGAGCUCGGACUGAACCGCACCAGAACCAGUUUCCGAUCCGGGUCUGGAAGGAGCCUAGUACCAGCUGCCGUCAGAACCAGAGUGCCAGGGACAGAACUGGACCAGUUCUAGGGGACACAAGCCCAGAACUGGUGUGAGAGGGAACUGGAUCUGCGUGUCUGGCACCAGAAUCAGAGGCCCCAAACCAGCUUGGUUCUAAGGGUACCAGAUACAGAGUGUGAAACAGAACAACAGUCCCAGUCCAGAACCAACUGGGUUCUAGGAGGUUCAGACCCAGACCGAGACAAAACUAACCCAGUCCCAGGGAAUCCAGAAUCAUCUGGGUUCUAGAUGAUCUGAACCCAGAACUGGCCCAGUUCCAGGGACACCAGAACCAGCUGGGUUCUAGGAGAUCUGAGUCCAGAACAACAGAGACAGAACCACCCUGGUUCUAGGGGAUCGAAGCCUAGAACCAAGAAGACAGAACCAGCUGGGUUCUAGGGAGCCAGAACCAGAACAGGAGGGAGAUACACAGAACCGCUCCGGUUCUAAAAGAUCUGAGUCCAGAACCAGCAGGACAAGACCGUUCUGGCUUUAGAAGAUCUGAGUCCAGCUCAGUUCCCAGGCAUACGUGUCCAGUACAAGUGACUCCGAAGCAGCCCAGUUCUAGGACCUAGCUGGCUCCGGAUCCACUCCGGAUCAGUGCCCAGUGUUCCCCAGCACCGUUUGGUCCAGUCCCCUACCAUGGAGGAGGGUGCACGGCGCCGGGGCGGUUCCGAGAAGGCCACGGAUGGCCCAGAUCAGCCGGCAGAGGGUGGCGUGGGCCUCAAGAAAGAGAUCGGGCUAGUGAGCGCCUGCGGCAUCAUCGUGGGUAACAUCAUCGGGUCGGGGAUCUUCGUGUCGCCGAAGGGCGUGCUGGAGAACGCGGGCUCCGUGGGGCUGGCGCUGCUUGUGUGGAUCAUCACGGGGCUGAUCACGGCCGUGGGGGCGCUGUGCUACGCGGAGCUGGGUGUCACCAUCCCCAAGUCCGGCGGCGACUACUCCUACGUCAAGGACAUCUUCGGGGGGCUGGCUGGGUUCCUGCGGUUGUGGAUCGCGGUGCUGGUGAUCUACCCCACCAACCAGGCCGUCAUCGCCCUCACGUUCGCCAACUACGUGCUGCACCCGCUCUUCCCCACCUGCCUGGCGCCAGAGAGUGGGCUCCGCCUCUUGGCGGGCGUGUGUCUGCUGCUGCUGACAUGGGUGAACUGCGCCAGUGUGCGCUGGGCGACGCGGGUGCAGGACAUCUUCACGGCCGGGAAGCUGCUGGCCCUGGCGCUCAUCAUCAUCAUGGGCAUCGUGCAGAUCUGCAAGGGGCACUACUACUGGCUGGAGCCGCGGCACGCCUUCGAGGCCUUCGCACAGGUGGACGUGGGCAUGGUGGCGCUGGCGUUCCUGCAGGGCUCCUUCGCCUACGGCGGCUGGAACUUCCUCAACUACGUCACCGAGGAGCUGGUCGACCCCUACAGGAACCUGCCGCGGGCCAUCUUCAUCUCCAUCCCCCUGGUGACCUUCGUCUACGUCUUCGCCAACGUGGCCUACGUCACCGCCAUGUCACCCCAGGAGCUGCUGGCCUCCAACGCCGUGGCCGUGACGUUUGGGGAGAAGCUGCUGGGUGUCAUGGCCUGGAUCAUGCCCAUCUCCGUGGCCCUGUCCACCUUCGGGGGUGUGAAUGGCUCCCUCUUCACCUCCUCCCGGCUGUUCUUCGCAGGAGCCCGUGAGGGCCACCUCCCCAGCCUGCUGGCCAUGAUCCACAUGCAGCGCUGCACCCCUAUCCCCGCCCUACUCUUCACCUGCCUGUCCACGCUGCUGAUGCUGGUGACGAGUGACAUUUACACCCUGAUCAACUACGUGGGGUUCAUCAACUACCUGUUCUAUGGGGUGACCGUGGCCGGGCAGAUUGUGCUGCGCUGGCGCCAGCCCCACAUGGCCCGGCCCAUCAAGGUCAGCCUGUUCUUCCCCGUGCUCUACCUGCUCUUCUGGGCCUUCCUGCUGCUCUUCAGCCUGUGGUCGGAGCCGGUGGUGUGCGGCGUGGGGCUGGCCAUCAUGCUGACCGGGGUGCCCGUCUACGGGCUGGGCGUGGCCUGGCACCACAAGCCACCCGCCGUCUACACUUGCCUGGCGGCGGUGACGCGGGUGACCCAGAAGCUCUGUGGGGUGGUGUACCCUGAGAUGGAGCCCCCCGACCCUGAGCGCACCGAGCAGCUGGAGCCCAUGUGCAACACCGGGGACCCUGACAAGCCCCACGACUGAGCCCUCCACCCUGCUAUGGACUGCGCCCCACGGUGCCCACGGCGCCCGCCCCACAUCCCGCUCCCCACGGCGCCUACUCUGCUCCCCCCAUGCCACUCCCCAUGGCCCCUACCCCGCUCCCCAUGGCUCCCUACAGCCCCCACUCCACUCCCCACGGCCCCCGCCCUGCCCCGCUCCCCACACUCCACUCCCCACGGCGCCCCCUGCUGGCAGAGGUGGGAGCUCCAUCACUCGCAGAUGCCUUAACCCCAUUCUCUGGCCCCCAACGUUUGGGCCCCGACUUUGUGGCCUUUUCCACCAUUUGUUUCUGGUUUUCGAUGUAAUAAAUACAGUGACCUCA